AUGCGACCUUUCCGCACAAUACGACUCCCAAGUCGCCCAACCCCCAUCCCCCAGCGCCUGGAGGAUAUAAAGCCAAUCACCCACCUCGCAAUCACUCGACCAAUAACCACAACCACAAAACAACGACCAACUCUCCCCCGCUCACACCCAACCUACAAAGGCCCUCACACUCCUACACGCUCCUUCGGCCUCCCAGACCUAUCCACCUUCCUCCCCAAAACCAACAACUCCAACAACCCCCGGAACCGCGUCCUAACAGCCACCCGCAACCUCCCCUACAACCCAGCACUACUCUACAAAGUAAUCGCCUCCGUCGAAUCCUACAGCGAAUUCCUCCCCUUCCUGACAGCCUCGACUGUCACAGCACGCGAUCCGGAAACAGGGUAUCCCACGCAAGCGUUCCUGACAGUCGGGUACGGUCCGCUCAGCGAGACGUUCACGUCGCGUGUGAUCUGUGAUGUGGAGAAGCUGACUGUGGAAGCGAAGAGCGGCGCAGAGUAUGCGGGGGAGGUACAAGCUGGGGGCGCGGUUGGCCAGGGUAGUAGGAAGAGUGCUUCUGGGUUAAGUGGGUUCUUCCCCGGUGCGGAUGAGGGUCUGUUUGAGUACCUGACUACGAGGUGGGAGCUUGUGCCUCUUGCGUCUGCUGGUGGUAAGCCGUUGACUAAGGUUAAUUUGGAGGUGAGGUUUGAGUUUCGGUCUGAGAUGCAUGCUACGCUUAUGAGUGCUGUUGAGGGGAAGAUGGCUGGGGUUAUGAUUGAGGCUUUUGAGAAGAGGAUACGGGAUGUUGAGGGGAAAGGGCUGUGA